CAUCAUCCACUUCCUUCACAAAACUUUCACCUAAACCUACCAAGAAACCAGCCCCUCAUGGUAUCCUCAGCAGCCGGUUGCUUGGCCCCGCUACAACUUCUAGUUUGUUUCUUUUUUUUUUUUUGGCUUUUUUUUUGGACUCUGGGUUUUGUUGUUUACGUUGUUUUAGUUUCUGGGUAUUGGAGAAUUUAAUGAAAAUUUUCAUUUUUAAGUGAAAAUUGUAGUUUUUAAGAUUCUGGGUAUUAGAUAUUUCAGCGAAGUGUUUCAUUUUUAUGUUUUUUUUGGAUUCUGGGUAUUGAAGAAUUCGUUGAAAUGUGUAGUUUUUAAGUGAAAAUUGUAUUUGUUUUAGAUUCGGGGUGCUUUGUUCUUUGUGUUGGUUGGAGAAUUCAGUGAAAUGUGUCAUUUUGAAGUGUAAAAACUGAAGUCUUGAUUUUGUUGUGUUUAAUGCAGAGGAUUCAAUGGAGAAAUUCUCAGAGGAGAUAUCUUCUAUAUUAUGUGUUGGGGCUUCUGACAGUUCACGGGACUAAGAAGAAAUGACCAACAAUAGGAGUUCUUUAGGGAGAGUAUUGUACAUACCAUGGCUUUCAAACUUGUCUAACGAUAACAUAUCACCUAAGCAGAAAGAAGUUUCACAUGAAAGGAAACAGAAAUGGGUUUUCAAGAAAACCCAGGUUAAUCGAUUUAACCAGUUAAUAAAGAUGUGUGGAAAUAAACUGGGUACAAAAGUUACUAUGGAGGUUUUUUAUAAAUUGGGAAGAGAAACUGGUUUGAAAGAGUACAAUGCAUUAAUAGCAGUUUGCUUGGCUAGGACCAGCGAUGAUGAAGAUGUUGCUUUGGAACAUAUUUCUGAGGCUUUUAGAACUUUUAAGAAAAUGAGGGAACGGGGAUUUCAGGUAGAGGAGGAAACUUAUGGUCCAUUCCUUAGGUAUUUUAUUGACAUGGGUAUGGUAGAAGAGUUUCAUUUUUUCUGUGGACCUAUCAAAGAAGGGAAUCCGAGUUCUCUUUCAAGGUUAGGUUACCAUGAGAUGCUGUUGUGGAUUAGAGUCAACAAUGAAGAAAAGAUUCUAGGACUUUGUAAUUAUAUUGCAGCUGACAAUGGGGAAGAUGAUUUUGAAUUAAAAGAAAAUUAUUUGUCAGCACUUUGUGUAACUGGAAGGAAAAAGGACCUCAUGCAACUGUUAGAAGUUAUUGAUGUAACAAGAAUUUCAUCUGUAAACCAAGUUGAAAAAAUGUUCCAAUCAUUGGGGAGGCUUUCAUUAGAGUCAUUCACUGAGAAAUUCCUUUUGGCAGUCAAAAAAUGUGGUUAUGGAAUGGAUGAAAUCUCGAGGCUCAUCUUUAGUUAUGCUAGCGGCAUUCCUAAUUUAGCGGUGCAUCUAGUUCUUGACAUAGUUGAACAGAUGUGUGAAGAGGGUUUGAGCUUGUCUAUAGAGACACUACAUGGCUUAUUGCAUGCUAGCGAGGAGAGUUAUGAGUAUAAUUUGGUUUGGAGAAUUUAUUCUCUGAUUUGCCACCAUAAUUUGAAACCAAAAGAUGGGACCUUCAGGAGUAUGAUAAGUUUGUGUGUGAAAAUGAAAGAUGUCGGCAUUGGUGAUUGGGUUUUGUCUUUUUUUGUUGGGCUUUUCGAGGUUUAUGUUUGUUGGGUUUCUCAGCUUUGGGUGACCUCAACAAUGAUCUUUUACAGUGAGAUUCCUAUAAUUCAUGGCCACAAAGAUCAAUUACAACUCUUGAUUGCUGCUGAGCUGGAGAUUAAAGUAGUAUUCGGUUUAUUACAUGAGAGAAUGACAAUAAGGGUUAAUGAAUAAAAAUUUUCAUGAUUUCAUGCUGAGCUCACAUUAAAAGGUCUCAGUGAAUUGAUCUUUUCUAGAUUAAAUUGAAUUCCAAUUUGGAAAAGUUGAACGAGUUCGGGCCACUCGUGAUGCUAUGACCACAGCUUGUUCAAAAAAAUGUGAACUUGUUCUAACAGCUUCUAGUGUUCACAUUUAUUGACUUUAGUGUUGUAUCUUUCAUUGCCUCAGAAUAUUCUAGAUUGGUCUGUUCUUCUAACUAUAAUAACGAGAAAAAGUGAAUUGGUUAUUACUUUUAUAUAUUGAUAAGGAAUUUAAAUUUUUCAA